AUGCAGAGGACAGCGAUGGUGUGGAAGGUGCCCCUGUUUGUAGGACUGAUUGUGCUAGGCACUCAUUUAUGGACCAAUGACAAAGAAUUCGUAGACAUUACUAAGGAUCUAGACUAUUUUGUGGCGUCAGUGGAGUUUGCCGUGGCUCAGUUCAAUGACAACAACCCAGAAGAGAACACAUACAGGUUGCUGGAAGUUGGGAGAGCCCAGAAAAAGACAUGGACAAUGAUUUUCUUAAUGGUUUUGGAGAUGGGUCGCACAAUUUGCAAGAAACACGAUAAAAACACGGACAAUUGCCCAUUGCUACAAGGCUCAGGAGAAAAAAAGGUGCACUGUGUUUUCCAAGUAGAUGCCCGACCUUGGUUUUCCCAAUUCUCCAUCCUGAAUAGCACCUGUGUGCCAGCAUAA